GGCCUGGAGAGUCCCAGCGCAGAGCGGGAGCUGAGAGGAGGCGGAGAUGGCGUCCCAGCCGCCGCCUCCCCCGAAACCAUGGGAGACCCGCCGGAUUCCUGGGGCCGGGCCGGGGUCAGGACCCGGCACCACUUUCCAAUCUGCUGAUUUGGGUCCUACUUUAUUGACAAGACCUGGACAACCAACACUUACCAGAGUGCCACCGCCUAUUCUUCCAAGGCCAUCUCAGCAGACAGGAAGCAGUAAUGUGAACACUUUCAGACCUGCUUACAGUUCAUUUUCUUCUGGAUAUGGUGCCUAUGGAAAUUCAUUUUAUGGAAGCUAUAGCCCUUAUAGUUAUGGGUAUAAUGGGUUGGGCUAUAACCGCCUUCGUAUAGAUGAUCUUCCACCUAGUAGAUUUGUUCAGCAAGCUGAAGAAAGCAGCAGAGGUGCAUUUCAGUCCAUUGAAAGUAUUGUGCAUGCAUUUGCCUCUGUCAGCAUGAUGAUGGAUGCUACCUUUUCAGCUGUCUAUAACAGUUUCAGGGCUGUAUUGGAUGUAGCAAACCACUUUUCCCGAUUAAAAAUACACUUCACAAAGGUUUUUUCAGCUUUUGCAUUAGUUAGGACUAUAAGGUAUCUUUACAGACGGUUACAAUGGAUGAUAGGUUUAAGAAGAGACUCUGAGAAUGAGGACCUAUGGGCAGAAAGUGAAGGAACUGUCGCUUGCCUUGGUGCUGAGGACAGAGCAACUAACUCAGCAAAAUCUUGGCCAAUAUUCUUGUUCUUUGCUGUUAUCCUUGGUGGUCCUUACCUCAUCUGGAAACUGCUGUCUACUCACAGUGACGAAGUAACAGACAAUACCAACUGGGCAAGUGGUGAGGAUGACCAUGUAGUUGCUAGAGCAGAAUAUGAUUUUGUUGCUGUAUCCGAAGAAGAAAUUUCUUUCCGUGCUGGUGAUAUGCUAAACUUAGCUCUCAAAGAACAGCAACCCAGAGUGCGUGGUUGGCUUCUGGCCAGUCUUGAUGGUCAAACAACAGGACUUAUACCUGCUAAUUAUGUCAAAAUUCUUGGUAAAAGAAGAGGUAGAAAAACAGUGGAAUCCAGUAAAAUUUCCAAACAGCAACAGUCUUUUACCAACACAACACUAAUGAAAGGAGCAACAGCUGCUGAUUCUUUGGAUGAACAGGAAGCUGCCUUUGAAUCUGUUUUUGUUGAAAGUAAUAAGGUUCCAGUUGCACUUGAUUCCACUGGGAAAAAUGGAGAUAAACAAGAUCUUUGAUAACUUUCAUGUUUACCUGCAGCUGAACUAUACUUCAGAGUACUUUUAAAAAAUUUCUUCUUACAAAGAAAUUAAUCUUCAAUCCAGUGAAAACAUUUGUUAAUGGCUAUUCCAGAUGUUUUGCUGCUAGAAAUUAUUAAAGUUGUACACUAGUAUGUUGGUCUAGUGACCUGGUUACAUUUUAUGAAUUGUUACUGGACCAUGAGGAUAUUUGUUUUGCCUAGAUUUUAAGAUUAUGGAGACUAUCAUUUUCAUCUUAUUUAAAACCCUGUGUUUAUUGAAAGAAUAAGAUUCAUGAACUAUAGAAUACACAGUUUGCUGCAGUAGGGAUCACUAAUGCAUUUUAAAAUUCUAGGUUAAUUGACUUGGAAUCCUCAGAAGUUGAGUGACAACAUAUAAAUAUCAGAACAGGCAAAAAGGCUAAUUUUUCUACAACUUUAAUUAAACAAAAUAAUAAAAAUUUUCUGAUGUGUAUUACAUCCGGUAUUGGGUUUGCUUUAGGCAGUAGUAAUAUGUUUUCACCCACCGACAAUUGAUACUUUUAUCUUUUAUUGUAUUUUUAAAAAAUUUAUCUUGGAAAAGUCACUAGAAGCAUUGUGAAGGAAAUGGUUCCAGGGUGACAUAUAGCCCUAAUAGUUUUCCCUGCUAAUAAAGAGGCUAUAAUUUA